AUGGGGGUAAGUCGAUUAGUCCCAUCGAUCUGGGCGAUUCUCGUUGCUGUGGCGGCUUUCUUCUUCUCCGUCGUGUCCUAUCUUCUUCUCAACCUUCCUAGCGGAAUCGUCAAGUCCAAAACUACACAUAAUGCAGAGCAGCGGCACUCAUGCUCGUGGAGUGGUGAAGACGCAGAACGUCGCGCAACAUUUUGCGGAAACCAGAAACUCUUCGAAAUGUUCAGGACGGUUUGCUCCUGCACCUCCCCGGCGCCAAUUUCUUUCCAAGACGAUCCUGGGCUCGAUGCUCUCGAGGAUGUCCCGAUUCUGGUUAUGGCCGCCAAUCGACCCAAGUACCUCUUCCGGACCCUCUUCAAUAUUCUUAACGCGGAAGGUGUCAACAGGGCCAAUAUUGUUGUAUCUAUCGAUGGCUUCUUUGCGGAAUCAGUUGCAGUCGCCAAUCUUUUUGCAAUAAGAGUGAUUCAAUCGAAGCCUGAAGGAACCAAAGCUGCUCGAGUAAGUCAGCAUUACCGCCGCGCUCUGACGACGGUGAUGAACGAAAUCUUCUCGACCAGCGAGCACAUCAUCGUCAUCGAAGACGAUCUGCAGAUCUCGCCGGACUUCUUCCACUAUAUGGCCCACGUGAUGCCAAUCUUCAAAAUGGAUCCACAGAUUUACUGCGUUUCCGCAUGGAAUGACCACGGAAUGGAGCACGCGAUCGGCAACGCACGGGAAAUAUACCGAGUUGAAGGAAUGCCAGGUCUCGGAUGGGCCACUUCGCGCGCCAUUCUCGACGAGCUCCUCCCUAAGUGGCUGCCAAAAGAGAGAAUGACGGACUGGGACGUGUGGAUGCGCAACCCUUCCAACAGAAAAGGCCGCGACUGCUUGAUCCCUGACAUCUCGCGCACCUUCCACUUCGGCGAGGAGGGCCUGAACGUGGACAGGAACAUGCAGGGACUGUAUUUUCGCCAUCACGGUUUCCACCAAGACUCGAAACGCGUCGACUUCACGCCGCUCGAGCAGCUGGUCAAAGAAAAAUACGAAGAACUGCUCAAGUCACAGAUCUCCUCCGCUACUGUCAUUGAUUCGAAAACGCUCGCUUGCGACAGCAAAAAGAAACAAAACCCCUACUUGUCCCUGCUGACGGGUGCUACUUCAACUCACAUUUUAUAUUACAGCCAGGAUUCAAAGGAAGAGCUUGACAACUAUUUCCGACUUUGCUGGUGCUUGAACAUCUGGGACUUGGAUGUCAGAGCGCAAUACCACGGCGUAAUAAGGAUUCAUCUUCAACGAGUGCCUGUAUAUCUUGUCGCCUACCCUGCCUCUCGCUUUUCUGGCUCGAUCCCAGCGAAGCUGAGCCCCUUGCUUCUGGACUCAUCCAUUCCAAAAGGAAACCGCCGCCGCACUUGA